ACAGUGCAGCAGGAUUGUUUGCAGUAUUCACCGUCCCACUUCACCAUGAAGGCUGUGCUUUCCCUGGCCUUGUUCUGCGUCGCCAUUGCUCUGGCGUCUGCUGGCCUGCACCACGGCGGUCUCGGCCUUGGUCGCGGAGGCUUUGGCGGAGGAUACGGUCUGGGUGGUGGUAACGGUGGCUUUGGAUACGGUGGCCUUGGACAUGGCGGCCUUGGUGGUGGCUACGGCCUCGGUGGCCUCGGAGGUGGAUUCGGGCAUGGCUACGGUGGCAACUACGGAGGAAGCUACGGUGGAAGCUACGGCGGCUCCUACGGCGGUAACUACGGUGGACAGUACGGAGGACACGGCGGUGGAUUUUACGGCUAACCUCUUCCUCUGAGCACUUCUGCACUUUACACAGGAAACCCAUCAGCCAGAAUGAUAUGACCGUACAAGACUUCGACCUAUCCGAACAAAUUAGUUUCAAGAAUAAAAAAAAAAAUGUCUUAAUCCCGCAAAAA